AUUCUCUUAAAGCUGAGCACCGAGCGAGGGAGCUACUUUUUUGAUAGGGCGCGGACCCACUGCUUCCCGCACGAGGAGCGGGCGCUUUACUGCUAACAAUCUGAAGAAUCUGAAAACUACCCGACAUUGUGACAUUGAAACAAACAUCUAACAAGCGUGUCCUCCCUAACUACAUUGAUUCAAACUUGUUUACUGGUGAAGCCUAAAGAAGUUAUUACAGGAAAAUAAACUUCAAUCUUUGAAAACAUUUAAACUUUCUUCUGACAACGAAGAUGCCCGCAGUUCGAUGUCCCGUCCCUGGAUGUGAUUAUAUCACGGAUGACCUGGAUUCUACCAUCGUUGUUGCACUCAUUAACGCACACAGUGCAUCCCACACCGGUGGAGAAGCCGCCAAGGUGGAAUCGGCCAGACGUUCAAUUGCAACUGCCUCUGGAUCAAACGAGGAUUCGGCUGUCCCACUAACGUCAGGAACGACCGAACGCUCUAGAUCACAGUACAUCCAGGGAAGAUGCACACACCGUCAGACAUGUCCAGGGAUAUGCUAUAAGUACAACGGCAAUGGGUGUGAGAAAGCUGAUUCAUGUCCUUACAUACAUAUGUGCAAGAGCUACGUAGAAAGUAGAUGCACAUCUGGAAAAGAGUGUAGUAAAAGUCACGACAUCUUUAAUCCUGCAGUAAAGGCAAAGCUUGAAAAACAUGGAAUAAAUACGAAGAGAAGACCAAGAGAAGUUCUUGCUGACUUCCAAUCAAUCUUACAAGAUGAUGAAUGCGGGAAUUCAAAAGCGGAGAAAAUAAUCAAGGAAACGUCAAAACAUACUGCUCCAAAGAUAUGUUACGGCUAUAACGGCAAUGGGUGUGGAAGAGCUGGCUCUUGCUCUUUUAUACAUAUGUGCAGGAGCUACGUGGAGCGUAGGUGUGAAUCUGGGAAAGAGUGUAGUAAAAGUCAUGAUAUCUGCAACCCCGCAGUAAAAUCAGUGCUUGAAAAACAUGGUAUAAAUACAAAGAGAAGACCAAGAGAAAUUCUUGCUGACUUACAGGCGGCCGUGAAAGGUUACGAAAGCAAGAGCAACCUUGAUGAAACGGAAAUAACAACAGGUCCUGGAUUUCCAAGACCUUCAUUGCCGCGAGAAAGACAAAGGCCCCUGCCUGGAAAAAGUCAGCCUUGUUUGUCUAUAUAUACACCAAGACCAGCUGGGCCCCAGACAGGCAAGAAGCCACCUCGAGCAAAAUCAGCACAGAGAUCUGCUGAUCCCCAGGCAGCACAGAGGACACCACGUGCUCCCUCAACACACAGACAGACAGCAACUGCUUGGAAAUCCGAAGAAAAAUCGCAAAAGCAAAAGUCUGUAAAGUUAUGUUAUAGAUACAACGGCAAAGGCUGCGAAAAAGCUGGUUCUUGUCCGUACAUACAUAUGUGCAAGAGUUACGUAGCAAGAAGGUGUAUAACUGGAAAAGAGUGUAGUAAAAGUCACGAUAUUCUUGACCCUGCAGUAAAAUCAAUACUUGCAAAACAUGGAAUCAAUACGAACAGAAGACCAAGAGAAAUCCUUGCAGACUUGCAAGCAGCGGUGAAAGCCGAAGAAGAUUAAAUCAAACGUGAAGAAAGUACACACUUAAAAGGUAGGAAUAAGGAUUACAGUUGAUGGUGGAGAAUAAACUCUCCCCAAAAGCUUAUCCCGUACUGUGUAUUUUGAUCAGAAAAGCAUGGAAGCUAAUUUCUGCCAAGUUCGUUUAGUAGUUCAGACGCCCACAAAUAACAAAAAGACGAUAAGCAAUUGUUCCGGUGCGUCAGAAUAUGUACCAAGAAAAAGACGCCAUGCGAAACAAGUUCGUCUUUUGUUCUCCUUGUGAAACAGAAGACGCCGAAUAAUAUCAGUUUCUCUUGUGUUUUCGUUAAUUCAUAUGCGCAAGAAGAGCACAACUAUGUUGUCUGAAAGCAGAGUGUACUUAUAUUUUAACAUAAUUAACGUGUCUAGUGUAGUUUUGUUUGAUUAGUUUUUGUUUUUGUUUAUUUGCUUGCGUGCGUGUGUCUGGGGUAGUGCCCCACUACUUGUUUGCUGGUUCUCUUUGCGUCAUUUUGCGUCUGUGGUAUUUAAUGUGUCUGUUUGUGUGUAAGUGUGUGUGUUUACGCGCGUAUGUGCGUGUAAUAUUGUCUUUUGUGUACACGUGCUGCGUGUUUGCGCUGCAGGGAAAGUGCGUUUUGGAGCGCACCUUUUCCUGUUGAAUACUUAUUCUUGCUUUUUUUCCACUUUCUAUGACAUCCCACCUUUUUAUCUGCCCCUUACCCAUUUUGGUAUUUUACAUAUGAUCAAACGUACUUGUUCUUGGAUUUUUAAGCAAUCCGUGUUCUGUAUUUUUUCUGCCAAAUUUUCCUUUUGUUGCGGGUCGGCUUUGCGAUGCAUGGCUCUAUGGCAGUUUUCAGGAUGCUCUAUGUUGUCAGGGAAUCCAUGAUAAUUGUAAGAUAUGUGCUUAUAUUUGGUCUAAUGUUCUGUAUGUUUAUAUAUUCUCUAAAUGCUAUAAAUGUAAUGAUUUAUUUAAUCUUACGAUUAAUGAUGAUAAUGUUUAUAUUUAUUUAUGAAGAAUAACCAUUACCUAUUUUUCAUUCUGCUAUGUCAAUUACUAUCUUGCAAGUUUUCUCCCAUGUACAUGCAUGUAUCUGCUUCUUAUGUCAUAUUUCCAAGGAGUACAUCAUACUUUAACUAAAUUGCCAGUAUUUAUUACCUUCAUCCAUUCAUCUGUAUUUUGUGUUAAUGCCCAUUUCCUAAAUCUAUUUCCAGAAAUUUAUGGAGGCUGCCAUGUUGUUAACUGCUGCGUGUAGGAAUGUAUUCAUUUUCAUAUUUAAAUGCAGCAUACUUUCAUCAUUUUGUGCAAUGGGCAUUGAUACACAUUAGAAACAUAUUUUAAUUAUUAACUGUCACGAAAAUUUACAUUAUUUUUCAUUUUUGUUUAAGAAAUCCGCACUAUUUAUAAGGUCAGUCGCGCUUUCAAUCAUCGGAAUUUUCUGUUUUAUUGCAUCAAUUACGUUUUACCUACCCAAAAGAUUUUCAUCAUUUCAUUUGCUACCACAAAAGAUAUGUUGAAUUUGUGUAUUACAGCUCACAUUUUGUU